AUGGAGGGAAAAGGCGGCGCAGAAAAUCAGGAGAGAGGGUCUUCGAGCGAUGAAAGCGAGCUGUCGAUAUCCUUUAGCGACAAUUCGAGUAAAAGCUCCGACAUCACUUCGGAUGAAACCGGCGAAACUGACCAUGGUGAUCCAUUUGGGGACCUGUAUUGCCAGUACAAUGAGACAAUUAGUCCUUAUGACAGAAUCCCUUUAACUGAAAAGAUCAAGGAAUUGGCCAAUGAAUAUCCUGGUUUGAUGAAGUUUCAAAGCACAGAUCUCUCUCCUUAUAGUUGGAUAGCCAUUGCUUGGUAUCCCAUUUAUCAGAUUCCAUUAACCAAGAAUGUGAAGGAAUUAUCAGCAUGUUUUCUUACAUUUCACCAUUUGUCCUCCUUCAAAGAGGAACAAAGCAAGAUGUUUCCAUUUAUAAACUGUGUGGAAAAGGAGCAUACUGGGGGAGUUUGCAGGGACCAUGAAGAGAAAAGUGAAAUUGCGGUUCCGCCUUUUGCAGCUUUAACCUAUAAGAUGAACGGCGAGCUUUGGAUGAAUCCGGCGACAUCGGAUCAGGAGAAGAUUGCCUCAUAUCUAGAUGCUGCAAGUUCCUGGUUGAAGCUUCUUGAUUUCAACCAUCAUGAUUUCAAUUUCUUCAUCUCUCGUAGAAGAUUCUGA